AUGCUCCCGCACCAGCAAAAUGGCCAGAGGUCCAAGGUGCUCGUCUUCGGUGCAGGAAACUUUGGCAGCUGCCUUGCGGACCACCUGGACGACUCCUCGCACGUCGUCCAUAUGUGGUCGCGCUCAGAAAACCUUGUGAAGCACUUUAACCAAUACCACCGGAACCCGGAGGUGCUCCAGGACCAUCCAUUCGCAGAGUCUAUCACCGCAGUAGGCCCCGAAUUUCCCUCGGCAGAGAUGAUACAGAGUAUGGACGUCCUUCUCUUUGCCAUACCCACGGAGGGUGUCAGGGAGACGCUCACUAAAUUGAAGCCUACCCUCGAGGGCGGGAAAGUUCCCUUGCUCAUCUUCGUCAAUAAGGGGAUAGAGAUCAGAACGCGUGCGCUGACCCUUGAGAUCAUCGCGGACACAUGUGGCCCUGAGAUCGCGAAGGUCGCAACUUUCAUCUCCGGCCCGUCAUUUGCGAAAGAAAUUGUCAAAAGACAACCCACGUCUGUCUCGGUGGUAUCUCUGUCGCCAGAACACGCGGAGAAGGCGUCUCAGCUGUUCCAUCAGCCAUGGUUCCGGUGCUACACCGGCAAUGACCCCAUUGGCGUUGAGUUGGCUGGGGCUCUGAAGAACGUGUAUGCGAUCGCUGCUGGAAUCGCUGCUGGAUUGGGCUUUGAGAACAACGCCCGAGCAAUGCUGAUCACGAGAGGGCUCGCUGAAAUGACUAGAAUUGGCACGGCCUACGGUGCUUCCCCGUUAACAUUCCUGACGCUGGCAGGUGUCGGAGACUUGUUCCUUACAUGUAGCUCCAAGACGAGUCGCAACUACACUGUGGGCUAUCGACUGGGGCAAGGCGAGAAGCUCGAUCACAUCAUCAAGACGCUGGGCAGUGUCGCAGAAGGUGUCACGACAGCCAAGGCCCUGAAGGCGGUCGUCGAUGAGCUUGGUGUGAAAGCGCAAAUAGCAGCCGGGAUCUACGAUGUGCUAUACGAAGGUCGAGACGUUGCGGAACGGGCGAACGAGCUGCUUUCACUUCCCCCGAACCGAGAGCUGGACUUGUCAGUUGAGGGUGGGAAGCCUGCUCAACGGCUGUUGAAGAAGCUGGGAUUGGAAGCGCAAGUGUGA